CAGGUGAAGAUUGUCCAGAGCAGGUCGACACGGUGCCUGUCCUUCCCCCUGACUGUCGCCACCUUCCUGGCAUCCAGCAGCUGGACCCUCUACGGGCUGGAGCUGCGUGACCCGUACAUCACG